AUGGCUAGUCCUCAGAGAAGCGGUCCUGUCGAGAGGGAUAUCGAGCAGGCCAUAACAGCACUUAAGAAAGGUGCAACUUUGUUAAAAUAUGGGCGCAGAGGGAAGCCAAAGUUCUGCCCAUUCCGGCUUUCUAAUGAUGAGUCUUUAUUGAUAUGGUACUCUGGCAAAGAAGAAAAACACCUUAAACUCAGUCAUGUUUCAACAAUUAUUCCGGGCCAGCGUACAGCAAUAUUUCAGCGGUAUCCACGGCCUGAAAAGGAGUAUCAAUCAUUUUCACUCCUAUACAACGAUAGGUCCUUGGACUUGAUAUGUAAAGACAAGGAUGAAGCUGAAGUUUGGUUUGUUGGUCUUAAAGCACUAGUCAGUCGAGGUAACUACCGGAACUGGAGAAGUGAGUCAAGAUUGGACAGCACAUCACUAGAUAGUCCCCAUACUCGUACUCGACGAAGUUCUCCAUCAGUCACACCAUUUGAUGUAGGAGAUACUGAGGGAGUGCCUUUGGAGAAUAUCCCACAGAGUAGAUUAGGAAAGGCAUUUGCUGACAUAAUUACAUAUACUGCAACCCCCAAGAGUGCCACUCAAGUUGAAUCAGUUUCUAAUUCCUCAUUAUCACCUGCAUCUGUAGAUAACUCAAAUGGUCGAAGUUCUGCUGCAGCUGAAGGUUUUCGAGUUAGUUUAUCUAGUGCUGUAAGCUCGUCAAGUCAAGGUUCUUGUCAAGAUGAUUUUGAUGCAUUAGGAGAUGUUUUCAUUUGGGGUGAAGGUAUUGGUGGUGGAGUACUAGGAGGUGGUGUAGAUAGAGUAGGCUGUUCAUAUGGUUUCAGGACAGAUGCUCUUCUGCCUAAGGUAUUGGAAUCAACAGUGGUCGUAGAUGUUCAUGGAAUUGCUUGUGGCGCCAGACAUGCGGUGCUGGUCACCAAGCAAGGGGAAAUCUUCAGUUGGGGAGAGGAGUCAGGAGGCAGGCUUGGGCAUGGGGUAGAGGCAGAUGUUUCCCACCCAAAGCUUGUUGACACUCUUAGUGGCAUUAAUGUUGAAUUAGUGUCAUGCGGGGAAUAUCACACUUGUGCUGUUACACUUUCUGGAGAUCUUUAUACAUGGGGUGAUGGUACUCAUAAUUUUGGUCUGCUUGGGCAUGGAAGUGAAGUUAGUCAUUGGAUACCCAAAAAGGUAAGUGGUCACAUGGAUGGUAUACAUGUAUCCUAUAUCGCUUGCGGACCAUGGCAUACAGCUGCUGUGACAUCAGCUGGCCAGUUAUUUACCUUUGGGGACGGUUCUUUCGGUGCCUUGGGCCAUGGGGAUCAUAGUAGCACAAAUACUCCACGGGAGGUGGGAACUUUGGGAGGGCUAAGAACAACAAGGGUUGCUUGCGGUGUUUGGCACACUGCUGCAGUUGUUGAAGUAACAAAUGAAUUAUCUAGUCCUGAGACUUCUAGUAACUCUUCAUCUGGAAAUCUGUACACCUGGGGGGAUGGAGAUACAGGCCAACUUGGACAUGGUGAUCAAGAAUCUAGACUAGUUCCUGAAUGCGUAGCUGCAUUGGUUGAUAAACAUAUUUGUCAGGUAGCAUGUGGCCAUAAUCUCACAGUUGCCCUUACAACCUCAGGACAAGUAUAUACAAUGGGAAGUGCUGCUUAUGGACAGCUUGGCAGUCCUUUAGCUGAUGGGAAAGUUCCCACUCUGGUUGAGGGGAAAAUCGCAGAUAAUUUUGUUGAAGAUAUUGCCUGUGGUUCUUAUCAUGUUGCAGUUUUGACUUCCAAGACAGAGGUUUUUACUUGGGGAAGGGGUUCAAAUGGGCAACUAGGCCAUGGGGACAAUGAUCAUAGAAAUACACCUACCCUUGUAGAUUGUAUAAAGGAUAAGCAAGUAAAGAGUGUAACAUGUGGUCCAAACAUUACAGCGGUCAUUUGUCUUCAUAAAUGGGCAUCUAGUGCUGACCAUUCUGUUUGCUCUGGUUGUCAUAAUCCCUUUGGUUUCAGAAGAAAACGUCAUAAUUGUUACAAUUGUGGACUAGUCUUCUGCAAAGCAUGCAGCAGCAAGAAAUCUCUGAAAGCUGCCUUAGCUCCAAAUAUGAACAAGCCAUAUCGGGUGUGUGAUGAGUGUUAUGCUAAACUAAAGAAGGCUGCAGAAACUAGUUCUGCUUUGCGAAGUCCUACAAUUAAAAGUGGAAAUAUACGUCAUAAAGCCAAUGAUGUGGCAGAUAGAGACACUCUGGUCCCUAUGUUACGAGCAACACUCUCCAGACUCUCAUCUUUUGGCUCAACCAAUCAGAGUGAAAGCAAGUAUCCAAAGCAAGACAGAAAACCAGAAGCGCAUGAUACUCGAGUCUUUCCCAUGCUGAAUGGACAGUUGCAGUUAGGGGGCUUUAAUUUGACAAAAGCAUCAACUUCUCUCACUGGAGAUUCAGAAAAAGUUGUAUCAGCUUCAAUUCCUGCUUCCAGAAAGGCUUCUCGGUUUACGUCUCCUGUUUCAGGAAAGUCAAGCCCACGUCGGUCUUCUGAUGAUAUUCUUGAGGAUUCCAAGCUUAUAAAUGGAAGUUUGAGCCAAGAAAUCAUAAACUUAAGGACACAGGUAGAAGACCUUACUUCCAAAUCCCGAUAUCUUGAAGCUGAACUGCAAAGAACAUCAAAGAAAUUGAAGGAGGUAUCUGCAAUAGCUGCAGAUGAAGCUGAAAAAUGCAAAUCUGCAAAGGAAGUUAUUAAGUCUCUAACUGCUCAGUUGAAGGACAUGGCUGAAAGAAUGCCAGAAGGACAGAUCGGCAGCUGCAAUUCAGGUUCUAUGGCUGGCCAUGCAAUCAAUUUUGCAGACCAGUUAUCCAAAGAGAGCCAUCUGACAAACAUAACUACUCCAGACUUGUCCAAUGGCAAUUCAAUGGAUCGAAUCUUAGCUAAUGGAACUAAAGGACAAACUGGAAAGGCAGAGCGGGUGCUACAAGAUGAGCCUGGUGUAUAUAUAACUUUAUGCUCCUUGCCAGAUGGUGGUAAUGAACUCAGACGUGUUCGCUUCAGUCGGAGACAUUUCACUGAAGAAGCAGCAGAGAGAUGGUGGGCUGAAAACGGGGCCAAGUUAUGUGAGCGGCAUAAUAUAAAAAGUGCUGAGUAA